AUGGAAUUAGAUUUCAGCGUACUGCCUGAGACACAGCGGGGCUAUCCACUUCACCUCUCUAAUGUCCCAUGUGUUCUCUCCCUCUCUCCUCCCUGCUCUUUCCUUGCUGCCUCAGACGGAGGAUCAGAGUGCGUGGACCCCGAGGACCCCACUGUCAUCGCUGAGACUGAGCUGCUCGGAGCAGCAGCAUCCAUUGAAGCUGCAGCCAAGAAACUAGAGCAGCUGAAACCCAGGGCCAAGCCCAAGGCAGAUGAGACGCUGGAUUUUGAGGAGCAGAUCUUAGAAGCAGCAAAGUCCAUUGCUGCAGCAACUAGCGCUCUUGUUAAAUCUGCAUCUGCAGCUCAGAGAGAACUGGUGGCACAGGGCAAGGUGGGAUCCAAUCAAGCCAAUGCAGUCGACGAUGGCCAGUGGUCACAGGGUCUCAUAUCAGCUGCACGUAUGGUAGCAGCAGCCACCAGUAAUCUGUGUGAGGCAGCUAAUGCUUCAGUGCAGGGCCACGCCAGUGAGGAGAAGCUCAUCUCUUCAGCCAAGCAGGUUGCAGCCUCGACAGCUCAGCUGCUGGUGGCCUGCAAGGUGAAGGCAGACCAGGAUUCAGAAGCCAUGAGGAGACUACAGGUGGCUGGUAAUGCUGUGAAGCGAGCAUCGGACAAUCUAGUCAAGGCGGCUCAGAAAGCAGCAUUUGACAAGACUGAGGAUGACAGCGUUGUGGUGAAGACCAAGUUUGUUGGAGGCAUAGCUCAGAUCAUUGCGGCUCAGGAGGAGAUGCUGAGGAAGGAGCGAGAGCUGGAGGAAGCUCGGAAGAAGCUGGCUCAGAUCAGACAGCAGCAGUACAAGUUCCUGCCCAGCGAACUGAGGGAGGACGAAGGCUGACGGACGCAGCGGAUGGGGACGUGCGCUGCGCUGACGAGACCUUCUUGUCACGGGGAGGUGCCAGUCAAGUAUUGGCUAUUUCAACUCUCAUAAAAGCAAGGACAAUAUAGCACUUGAAGCAGGCCUGUUUGGUGAUAAAACAAGUGCCUGUGCUCGGUGUAUUUCUGUGUGUAUGUGGCUGUGUGUGUGCGUGUAUGUAUUUGUCAGUGAAUGGCAUUGACAUUCAGACUUUAAUAUGAAGAAAGCUGUUUCCUAUAAGCAAGUUGAGAAAGUUUAAGUCGUACGAUAAACGUGUCAUUAAUUUGUGGGUGUUACUGCAUCAUGAGCAUUACUGACUGUUACAAUCAUGAAUCAAAGAAAUCUCGUAUAAUCACUGAAUGUUCUCAAAAGUGUUUGAGGUUUAAAACAAAUAGAAAGGAACUGGUGAUAUCGAUGUAACCGGCAAAUUCAAUCUAAGGGUCCACAGUUUGUAUUCCAGGUAUACAAAGUAUUAAUAGAAAGGCAGGAAGAUUUCUCACGUCUCAUUUCACCACUGGCUUGCAUGCACCAUAAUGUCUAAACAUAUCAGCGAAGCUACUAACCAAUAGAGUAGUAUAGAGUAAAAGACACUUGUAUUUUACUAAAAAAAAAAAUGUGAACACGUGGUUUGCUGUUAAACUAGCAAAUCUUGAAAAGAGAAAAAUCAAUGAUUAUGAUUAAACUAUGUUGUUCUGCUUGAUGCCAAACGAUGAGAGUCUCUAAAUGAUAAUAUAACAUGACCACUGGCCAUCACUAGCUAUAAAGAUGUUUAUUCUUGACCACUUUCUUAUAUAGGUAUAAUCUGUGGUAUUCAGAGUAUCUGGAUGAUAUGUGACCAAAUAUGUCUUGCUGCUUGUACAUUAUGUCAUUUGAUGUAACCCAUCCCCCCCCCCCGCUCACAGUUCUUCCCACACACGCUUGUGUAAGGAAUACUUGUUUACAUUUUUUGUCAUGUUUGUUCUCGCUCGUCUUUGUGUUUUUAAUUCCUUCUCCAUUUACACUGGCCAGAUUCUCUUUGGGUGUCGCCAGUGCUUUUAUUCUGCAUACACGCAGUCACUGCCCCGUCCUGCUAAAGUCAUUUCACUUCAGAUGGUCUGUCUAUAGCAAUACUUUACACUGAAUAUUUGAGAAAGAUAAUACGAGUCUGCGCUGUUAUUGUUUGGAAGAGUGUGCAAUCAUAUUGAACUCUAGGCUCUUGAAUGAAAUGAGCACACACUGUGCUAUAAAGUGGCUCAUAACUUUAUGCACUGAAUUUAAAGCUCCCAUUAUAUUGAAUGGAGGACAUUUGCUUAACAAACUAGAAGGAAAUGGCAUCACACUCUGAGAAAACUGAUUUUCUUUUCCUUUAUUAAUAUAUAAUGUAUUUCAAAUUUUCAGCAUUCAGCUCCACCAUCUGUCCGCGUCAGUGUCUGGUCUGCAUUUUUAUUUUUUAUUUUUUGUACUAGUGCCUUACUUGAGUCUGCCCUACGAGCAGCUGAAAACCAGGCUGGGUGGGAGCCUGAGCCUUGUCCUCUCUGGAUCAAAGCAUUAUGCCAGUCUAUUCCCUAUUGGGGUCUUAAUUUAAAAAAAAAAAAAAGCCCUUUGCCAUACAGUACAAUGCCUUGGCUGGUGGCCUACCUGCUGACAGUGUUCUAAUGCUGAUAUAAAAGGGCAUCUGUGGAUACAUUAGGAUUUAAAGACUAACGCUAGACUGCAUUCAAUGAGCAUGUGGCAAUUUGUGUAUGAAGUUGAGAAAUUGUUUAAAUUCAUUAUGCCAAGUCCCUCUUAAAUGUUUCAUUGUCUAACCACUAUAAGAAUUAAGUUUCUAUCAGUAAAUGUAAGAAUUACCCUGAAAUAUAUUGUCUGACCGAUUUGUCAAAGUAUUAAUGGAAAAUAGAAAAAGUUAUUAGCUCUGUUUAUGAAUACGUGUUGUGCUUUCUUUAACAGAAUCUGUUUGUUUUCUGAUUUGAUGCUGUAUGUAUGAUAUUUAUCUGGUCACAAAAGUAUUUUUUGUAUUCACCACAAAUAAAGCUUUCAGACAACCGGUAACAUUA